AUGUCGUUCGAUUCGCUGUCGCCCCAAGAGGUCAUUGCGAACGUCGCAAAGGCUGGAGUGGUGAAAGGUAACAUGAGACUGGACAAAGUGUUUCUGAGCGCUGUCUCCGCUGGUUGUUUGCUUUCUUUUGCCUGUGGCACUGCUUUGAGCACAAAUGCCUCUCCCUGGUUCUCGGAAAAUGCUACUGGUUUGCUUCGUACCAUCGCUGCUUUGGUUUUCCCGUACGGAUUGUGCAUGAUCAUCUUGUCGGGCGCAGACCUUUGCACUGGAACGUUCAUGUAUACUACUGUUGCGGCCUUGCAACGACAGCUUCCCUGGUGGAAGAUGUUGACUCACUGGGUCGUCACAUUCCUUGGAAACUUGGCUGGAUCCUUGUUUAUGGUGGCCAUCAUUUACGGCUAUGGUGGAGUCUUUGACGAUGAUCCCUACAAAUCGACGGUCAUUUCAUAUGCGACAAAGAAGCAGCUUACUCCUGAUUUCCACAUGAUAUUGCUCCGCGGAAUCGGUUGCAACUGGCUGGUUUGCCUGGCAUGCUUUUUUGGUAUGCAGGGACGUGAUCUCGCAUCAAAGAUCAUGGGAAUCUGGUGGCCGAUUUUCGCUUUCGUGUCUCUUGGAUUCGAUCACGUUGUCGCCAACAUGACAUUUAUUCCCAUGUCCAUCUGGUUGGAUGCACCUGGAAUCAGCGUUGGUUUGUAUAUCUGGAAGGGCAUCAUUCCCGCUCUCAUUGGAAAUAUUAUUGGAGGUGGUGUUUUCUGCGGAACUUACUAUUGGUACAUGUACCUUCUGGAUCUGAACUCGCUCUCAAUUCCUGGCCUGAAAAGGGGAGCAAAUGAAGCCCGAGUUGAGAACCAGGAAAGAUUCUCCACAAAGGAGAGCGAUAUCGAGGCAACUGCUGGAACCUCGAACGCAGUGUAA